CAAAACCAUAAUUUAGUAUGACUUAAGAUCCACCGGCCUAGAAUCCAUUUUGAUACGAAAAUUUCGGGAAAAACCUAGCAGAAACUUGCCCUUUUCCUUGCUCAGGUGACUGGUUGUAGCAAAAAAUAACACAAUUGUUCUAGAUAUUACGACUGGGAGGACAAGAUAAUUGUCAUUAUGUCUGCACUUAUUGAAGUUUUUCCUGAUGAAAUCUCUCUCAUGAUCCUUGCACGAGUUCCCUUGUCCCUCCAUCCCAAGUUGAGGCUUGUUUGCCAUUCCUGGAGAGCUAUUGUGAAUAGUGUUAAAUUAUUGAAAGUUCGGCAAGAGGUGAAUUUUGUUGAGGAUCUUAUGUGUGUGUGCUCCCAUGAACCUGAUAAUAUAUGGCAGCUUCAUGACGCCCAGAACAAUGUUUGGAUCACCGCCCCUGUCCUUCCUUCAAAACUUAGCCAUCUUUCCUACUUUGGUGCUGUGUCGACUGCAGGAAAGCUGUAUGUUUUGGGUGGCGUCCAUGUUCCUGAUGAUAUAGCUUAUGGCCGGCAUCAUACUUUUCCCGCAACCAAUCAGGUAUGGUCAUAUGAGCCUGUCACCAGACGGUGGACACUGUGUGAACCCAUGAUUAAGGCCCGGGCCAAUUUUGCAUGUGGCGUACUGGAUGGAAUGAUUAUUGUUGCUGGUGGUCUCAGUACUGCAACAUUACAUUGGAGGCCAAUCAAACAAGUAGAAAUGUAUGAUCCUACAAAAGAUGUCUGGAUUCAAUUACCCGACCUCCUGUACGCAAACAAUGCCCCUUGCUAUGGAGUGGUUGUAAGGCGAAAGCUGCAUGUGGUGCACAGGCAAUUGUCAGCAAUGCAAGUAUUGGAUAAAGAAACACGGGUUUGGACAUUAUCUAGAUGUCCUUGGCGAAAUUAUCCACGGGCAGUAAUUGGGAAUGAUGUCUACGUAAUGUGUAACGAAGAAUUUUACCACGAGAGUCAGGUUAGGGAAAAAAAGGAGCCUAAGUUUACAGCAGUUGGGUAUAACAAAAUAUCUGGAUUUGCAGUGACAAGUUUAGGAAAUAGUAUAUAUCUUAUUGGCGGGUCUGGAAUGAGAGGCGACAUUUUCAAUUCUGAGAAAUACGAGCUGUCCGAUGUUACUGUCCUGACUCCCAGUUUGCAGGAGCCCUGGGCAUCGCAUCAUGCCUCACCAAUGACUCGUUGUCGAGGAACUAUCUUGGGCUGUACACCGUUGAGAAUGUAGCUAGCAUUGACGUUUGUUUGAACUAGUUUUUCAUGUUUAUUUUUGAGCCACGAGGAACUCUGUAAAAGCUUUGCAAACUUUUUUCGAGAAGAUCGAUAUGAUAUGAACUGCGAAGGUAUGAUCUUUCUCUCAAAUUUGAACUAUGGAGAUAUGAUAUGUUCGAGGACUGUGGUCUUAUUUAUCA